UAAUUUUUUAAAUUUAAAUUUAGAUCUAACUUAAAGUCUCUUACAGUGUGUCCUGGAAUCAACUGGAGGGGAAUAGACCUCUCGUCCACUGAUGUACAGGGUCAAAGCUCCAAGUAGAGUCCAUUCCUUAUUGUUAUAAUGUAUACUGUAUAUGUAUCUGUACUGUAGGUCUGAGUGAUGUUACUAUUGAUGAACUUAAAGAACUCCAAGCUCAAAUUACUGAAUUAAAGACUAAGAAUGCCCAUCAGUUGUUAGUCCAUUCAGAUGAUCUGGACUGGAACACAAUAGCAUACAAACAGUUCAACUCUGAGCACUCGGCCUAUGACUGCUAUACCUUCGUUAUAAGCACUUCCUUCAGCCGUCGGUCAACCACAAGGAAUGGAUGCCCAAUGAAGUAUGGAGGCUGAACGAACUAGCAAAGAAAUAUGAGGGGUAUAACUGGGAGGACAUUGCUACUGAACUCAACACUGGAAGAACUGCUGUCCAGUGUUUGAGGUGCUAUAAGACCAGCUCUCAUCUCCUUAGUAAAAAUCAGUGGACGUUAGAAGAAGACAUGAAACUAAAGAAAGCAGUCACCAUGUAUGGACAGAACUGGGGAAUGGUUGCUUCAUACAUUGGUACGAGAACCAGUCAGCAGUGUACUGGUAGGUAUCACGGUGGAGUCUUAGGGUUUUCCACCUGA